UUGCAGAGCGCUUGCGCGGAGGGGCACGCAUGCGCAGAGGGACGAGCCCGCUGACAGAUUCUCGGUGGCGGUGGCGGCGGCGGCGGCCGCGGCCCUGGACUGCGGGGAAUGGGAAUCCUAGGUCUGUGACUGAGCACCGCCCCCUCCUCCGUGCCCGCGACAUGGCCCAGGAGAAGAUGGAGCUAGACCUGGAGCUCCCUCCGGGCUCAGGUGGGAACCCGGCGGAGGGCAGCAGCAGUGGCGGCGGCGGGGGCCUCAGGAGAUCUAACAGCGCCCCCCUGAUCCACGGCCUCAGUGACACUUCUCCGGUGUUCCAGGCCGAGGCGCCGAGCGCCAGGCGAAACAGCACAACGUUCCCGAACCGCCACGGCCUGCUUCUGCCGGCCUCCCCAGUCCGCAUGCACAGCAGCCGCUUGCACCAGAUCAAACAGGAGGAGGGCAUGGACUUGAUCAAUCGAGAGACUGUCCACGAGCGCGAGGUGCAGAACGCAAUGCAGAUAAGCCACUCCUGGGAGGAAAGUUUCAGCCUGAGCGACAACGACGUGGAGAAAUCUGCCUCCCCGAAACGCAUCGAUUUCAUUCCGGUGUCGCCAGCACCGUCGCCUACCCGGGGAAUUGGAAAGCAGUGUUUUUCACCAUCCUUGCAAAGUUUUGUGAGUAGCAAUGGAUUGCCUCCAAGUCCUAUUCCCAGCCCAACGACCCGAUUUACUACCCGGAGAAGCCAGAGUCCCAUUAAUUGCAUUAGACCAAGUGUUCUUGGACCAUUGAAAAGAAAAUGUGAAAUGGAAACUGAAUAUCAGCCAAAGAGAUUUUUCCAAGGCAUCACCAACAUGCUUUCUUCUGACGUUGCGCAGCUGUCAGAUCCGGGUGUGUGUGUAUCUUCCGAUACCCUUGAUGGAAACAGCAGCAGCGCCGGAUCUUCUUGUAACUCACCAGCGAAAGUCAGCACUACCACCGACUCUCCUGUGUCGCCUGCCCAAGCGGCCUCUCCGUUUAUUCCAGUAGAUGAACUUUCAUCUAAGUGAUUCACCCCCCCCCCUUCCUGAGACUCGGUUUUGUUUUUGCAAUGGAGAGAAAAAUCAAGUUGGAACAAGCACUGAACUUUGUCGAUUAAUUUGAGGCUAUUUCCUAUUUGACCCUUUUCCUUUUUUGGAAUUUCCUGAAAUAUUGUUAUUCUAGAGAACUUUUAUGCCAGAUUCCUGCGGAUGCCCUUGAAUUCAGUGUAGUAAUAUUUUCAGACGUUUUCCCAAUAAGUGUGUUGAAGCAUACAUCUUUACGCUGCUAAUAUGUCUAAAUACAUAUGUUAUCCCUUGAUUUUUUAAAAAACUGAGAGCUCUAUUUAUUUAUGGGAUUAUUAAGUUCUGAUGCAAAUAUAAAUGUUGAAUUAAUCAGCAUAGUAAACUGAUGUUUUAAAAUUCCAUACUUCAUGCCCACGCUAAUUUUUAACGUUAUUGUCAGUGAUUGCUAACUUCUGUUUGAUGAAGAACAAUAAUUUACCUUUGUACAGCUAUUUUUAAAGUGUUAGUUUUAUCCAUCCAGUGGUUGUCAGUUUUACCCAGGAGUUCUUGAUUAUUUAAUUUUCUGGGUAUAGAAGUGGGAAGGGGGCGAGAAGCUGAUAAAAGAGCAAAAUAUGAAAGUUUGCAACAGAUCUUUUAAAUAUACAAACAUAAACAUUUAAACGUUUUCUAAUGAAUUUUAAUAGUAAUUUAAUAUGUCAUACAAAUAUAACUACUAUA